AUGUGCCUGGACAGUCUGAUGUUUUUCUUGUACGAAGAUUUCUCCUCCCUGCUCCAUAGCCACACAAGUGCUCCUGAACUCCUCACUCGCAGCAUGGCAGCAGUGCUUGCAGGGACCACGGAAGCCGUUCUUACACCUUUUGAGCGGGUUCAGACUUUGCUUCAGGACUACAAACACCAUGAUAAAUUUACAAACACUUACCAGGCUUUCAAGGUACUGAAAGUCUAUGGAAUGAGAGAGUAUUAUCGGGGAUUGGUGCCUAUUCUGCUCCGAAAUGGGCCCAGUAAUGCGCUCUUCUUUGGCCUACGGGGACCUAUCAAACAGUGUCUGCCUGAAGCAACCUCUUACAGCACUCAUUUGGUCAAUGACUUUAUCUGUGGAGGGCUUUUGGGUGCCAUGCUGGGAUUCUUGUUUUUCCCAGUGAAUGUCGUAAAAACUCGCAUGCAAGCUCAAAUCGGUGGUGAAUUUCAGUCCUUCUCAAAAGUCUUUGUGAAGAUCUGGCUGGAACGUGAUAGAAAACUGAACCACCUAUUCAGAGGAGCCCAUCUGAAUUACCAUCGUUCUGUCCUGUCCUGGGGAAUAAUCAAUGCAACCUAUGAGUUCUUGCUAAAGCUGUUGUGAAAACCACUGUCUUCCUUCAGCUCUUCUGUUCAUUUGGGUAUUGGCAUGUAUGAUGCCCAGGGAACACUUCCUGUGUAGUGUGAAAGGUAAUUAGUCUUGGCCUUCGAUAUUUAUGGGGUGAAUGGUGAUGCAUCUUAAACCUUGGUGCAAUUAAGAUGAACUUUUUUAAGUAUUUAUUUGCUGGCAGGUGAGUUUACCCAUAAUGGAGCUACUAGACAAAUACAAAGUUUAAAAAAAAAAAAAAAAACAA